GAACUUCCCGUCCUUCGUGUAGCAUUUUUCAGAGAACCGCCGAACAAAAUGGAGAUAAAAAGUGAAGGGAAAUGCUAAAAGACGUGCAUAUUUGCAUAUCAUUAUACAGGAAGAUGUGAAUUUCACUUCCUCCUCUAUAGCUAAAUAUACAGUGGAGUUUCAGGAAAGUCCUCUCAGUUGGACAACAAACAUGACGGACGAUCAACAGAGGCCGCAGUGUUAGAACGAUGACGACCUCAGUUCCGAACACUCUAACCAUUUCUUUAGUUUUCAACGUACUACUGGGCCUAACCUUCGGCGGCUUGUAUAUUUUCCUGUAUCCAGGAAUCGAUUUCCAUAAAGAAAACCCCCGAAAUGAACGCGUGUACUCUGGUGACAGUUUUAAACAGAAUGGAUUCUGCUUUUCCUGUGAUGACCUUGGGUCAGGAGCCUUGCUUAAAGAAACAUUGUACACUGAUAUUGUAACGAUGGACUGUGGACACCGUCUGUGCUGUACUACAGACGAUGUGCUUCGAGAUUUCCUAUUAGCAGUAAGUGACAGAAAUAAACGAGAACAGUAUCUCUGCUUUAAACAAAUCAUUCCAAUUCUGGAGAGGACGAGAUCCCGCCGCCCAUGUCUAUAUCGACAGCCACAAUCCCAUAUCAAAAGAUAGCGGGGAAAACCCACGCUCCACUAACAAAACAUUGACGAAAAGUGGCACAGCAAAUCAGAGAUCAAAACACAUUCAGGAUGAGUGCUCCAUCGAGUCGAAAUUGCAAGUGCUUCAUGAUAUUUUCCUGUGCAGUAAAUGUGGUACUUGCGAUAGUAUUUGGCGUGUUGGUAGGACUGAAUUGGGACAAAUUACUUGACAACUAUUUUCGGUUUUCAAACUCGGAGACUCCACAAUCAAUGAUCGGAAAUGCAACUGUAAGCGGGAAAGCCAUAACGAUUAGAGACUCUGUUUGUUUUUCUUGUGACUAUUUGGGCAGUGGUGUAAGUGUAAAUGAAACACUAUACGAGGAAAUCGUUACAACAGAUUGUAAACACAAACUGUGCUGCAUAAAAGACAAAGUGAUCCAUGAUUUUGUGAUAGCGACUCAAAAUGAAAAUAACAAAAAUGAAAACAGUUCAUCAAUUAGGGAUUCCUUCGCCUGGUGGAGAAACAGGGCUAACUCAGCCCAUUUCUAUCUGGACCGGGAAAUCCCCGUAUCAAAAGAAAACAAACUUCGUUGGAAAGCUGACGAUACAUAUGGGACUGCAUUUGCACAAGAUAUAGUUCUUGUCAAUGGAACUCACAUGAGAAUCAAACAAGAUGGAAUCUACUUCAUCUACACUUCCACCACCUUCGACCAUAGUAGGCAGGACACGGUGGAAACCAUCUAUCAAAGUCUGAUCAAGUACCACCCUUAUUUACCAAAGACAGGCGACGUGGACCUCGUUUUCAGCAAGUUUGGUGGAUCCCGUGAAUCUGACAGACAUCACACAAAUUUUUUGGCAGGAGUGUUCAAGCUGGAACCCGGAUUCCUCAUCGCAAGUUCCCUUUCUCAGAGAGGACACGUGUUUCUUGAUGCAUCUUCGCCCAUAAAAAAUUAUAUCGGGCUAUAUAAGUUAUAGCUACCAGAUACAGUAGUUGAAACUGAAAUGAUUUGAUACUGAGAGUACACUAGCUGUGUAAAUGCCAGUUGAUAAUAUUUCUUUACAGACCGAUCGAAGAUCAGAACACUAAGAUGUAAAUCAUUUUGUCAAACAGUGAUUUUUCUCCUCUUUCAACAGAAUUGCAGAGGGAUACAAUACUUUGCUCGUUUGUUCGCAUGUUUGGUACUUCCGCAAAUGUAUAAGAUUUAAGACACAUCUCGUGCGUGUACUAAAUAUUGUAUUCUUAAGGUUACUGAUGAAAUGUCAAGGUCACUCAAAGAGAAAAUUCUAAUAUUUUUUUUGUCAACAACAUCGAAGGUUCUCUUUUUUUUUUUUAAUCCAAGUCGUUUACCAGAUUAACAUUUCUUGUACCUUAUAUACAUAUGUAAAAACACGGUUCCUAUUGGAAGCCAAUGUUACAGGUGAAAGGUUAAGGUUUUAAGGUCAUUUGAAGGUUAUCAAAGACUUUGUAAGGACAAUUAUAUUGCUACAUUUUAAAUCUACUUUAUUUUAAUUUCAAAUUUAAAAGGUCAAGGUUUCUGGGAGAGAUACUGUUAGUUUCAUUGAAUUCUAGUUUUUGCCGUGUAUUUUGAGUUCAAUUUCAAACGCACUUGCAAGGAUGCUGAACUUGUUCCUACUAUACUUCGAGAAUUGAUAUAAAAAAGAUCAAUGAGCAAUGGAAUUAAAAA